AUGUUCAAUUGGGCAAAGUCAACACUGGCCGCCGUUGCCGGCACGCAGGAACCCGAGUAUGGCCCCGAAGCCAUCCACCCCGUUGGCAAGAAUGCGGGCGACCCUGCAUACACGGAAUUGGCCAAGAAAGACCUGAAGUGGGUGACCCUCGACUACACCAAUGUUGAAACACAAACCUUCUACCUCUUCACCGACUCUGGACAUGUUGGCUUCCUGCAGGUCAUUUACAGCAACGUAGCUGGCCUACGCGUGACCGUCCAGUUCAGCUGCAAGCUCUUCUACCCCAACAACGAGAAGCCCGCGCUAUGGGCCACCGACCCCCUUUCCAACUACGGAUUCGAUGAGGAACAGCACUCCUUCUACGCCGACGGCAUCUCGCUCGAACUCUCCGAGGAUGGCAACGCGUACACAAUCAAGGCAGCGGUCAACGACAAUAGUCUGAUCAAUGUCAAGUUCACUAGGACCGCGCCCGGCUUCCAGGGUGGCAAGGACGGCACAACCAACUAUGGCACAGACCCAAAGGCCCCGUGGGGUGCUAUGCACCACCAUUUCUGGCCGCGAUGCAGCCUCGAGGGCUCCAUAAUCACCAAGGAGGGAGAGAUUGACGUCAAGGGCCGAGGCAUGCUCAGCCAUGCCCUACAGGGAAUGAAACCACACCAUGCGGCUUCCCGUUGGAACUUUGCCAACUUCCAGUCUCCAUCCUACUCUGCCAUCUUGAUGGAGUUCACCACGCCCGCUUCGUACGCAUCGACUGUUGUCCGAGUCGCCGGUAUUGCUACAGAUGGCAAGCUGCUCAUAGCCAACACCGAAGGCGAUGUCCAGCACACCGCAACAAAGCAAGAUUCCGACAACGACUGGCCAGAACCCACUGCGGCAACCUAUCACUGGGUAGGCAAGACGGAGGAUGGCAAGGACGUGACCGCAGACGUUGCAGGUUCUCUUGGAGACAGACUGGAGCGUAUUGAUGUCAUGGCCGAAGUACCAGGCUUCAUCAAAACCAUUGUUGCUAGUGCAGCCGGCACAAAGCCGUACAUCUACCAGUUCGCGCCAAAGAUGACCAUCAAGAUCAAGGUGGGCGAUGAAGUCAUCGAGGAGGAAGGUACCCUGUUCACUGAGGCGACCUUCAUCUCCUAG